AUGGGAACUGGAUAGAACAAAACGGUGAAGUCAGCAAAGUCUUCAUUGUAGAAGAAGAAGACUUUCAUUUCUGCCCUAAACGAUUGGAGAAGACCUGAGGGCUCGCCAUCUUUCUAACACUCUCUUCUGCUCCCCAGGUCAGAUAAUAUUGCAGAUUGAGAAAGUAGUCACCAUGUUUCGGUGGAUGUCUUCUCAUAAUUCUGAGGAGAAUGAUUCUGUGCAGCAGGAUGUGAAGGUCAAUGAACUAAGGACUGCUAUCGGGCCACUAUCAGGACGUUGUUUACAGUUCUGUACUGAUGCAUGCCUAAAGAGAUAUUUGGAGGCUCGGAAUUGGAAUGUUGACAAGUCAAAGAAAAUGUUGGAAGAAACUCUCAAGUGGAGGUCAUCCUUUAAGCCUGAGGAGAUCCGUUGGCAUGAAGUAGCAAUUGAGGGUGAGACUGGCAAAGUAUACAGGGCAAAUUUUCAUGAUCGGGUUGGGAGGACCGUUCUUAUAUUGAGACCGGGAAUGCAGAACACACAAUCACAUGACAACCAGAUGAGGCAUCUAGUGUACUUGAUCGAGAAUGCUAUCCUUAAUCUUCCGGAUGAUCAAGAACAGACGUGUUGGUUAAUAGACUUCACUGGCUGGUCAUUGAACAACAGUGUGCCCAUAAAAACUGCCCGAGAGACUACCAAUAUUCUACAGAAUCACUAUCCUGAGCGGCUUGCCAUGGCAUUUCUCUACAAUCCCCCAAGAAUUUUUGAAGCAUUUUGGAAGGUUGUAAAGUACUUUCUGGAUCAAAAAACAUUCCAGAAGGUGAAAUUCGUCUACCCCAAUAACAAUGAGAGUAUGGAACUCAUGAAAUCAUAUUUUGAUGUGGAUAAUCUUCCAACAGAACUUGGGGGGAAAGUCGACUUGCAAUACGACCACGAGGAUUUCUCAAGACUGAUGACCCAAGAUGAUAUAAAAACUGCUACCAAGUGGGGAUUAGGCAAUGGAGUUCCCAAAAUCAACAAUGGGUGUUUGGGAGCAGCAGACGUGGCUCCAGAGCCCGUGCCUCUUGCCCCGCCAGCCAGCUGAGGGAGCCCAUCCCAACCUUGGAAUACAGUUAUGACGUUAUGUCUGAAACUACAGUAUUAUCCUAUAUGUACUAGCCACCUUUUUUAAAGGCUUGGGUGGACUCCUGAUGAUCCCGAGUUAAUUGCUAUACGAAUCAUAUACGAAUCAUGUAACCAUCUUACUAACAGAAGCUGGAAGAGAAUGUUC